ACCUUGUUUCCUUCUUUCACCGUUCCCUUCUUCUUCCCGGAGCCGGAAGAACCAACCAGCCAGCAACAAACAACACCACCGCCUCCGCCUUCCUGACUCACCGGAGUCUCUCUCCCUCAGCCCUCAACCAUGGUGUCCGACGCCAGCAAGAAGAAGGCCGCGCAGAAGAAGGCGGCGGCCGCGGCCAAGAGGGGGGCCAAGGUGCCCUCGUCGACCUCCUCCUCCUCCUCCUCCGCUUCCGCCAAGGCCGCCGCCGACGCGCUCGCCGCCAUUCACCUCUCCGACCGCACCUGCACCGCCGUCCUCACCUCCCACCCGCUCUCCCGGGACAUCCAUAUAGAGUCUCUCACUUUGACAUUCCAUGGCCAUGAUCUACUUGUAGAUACGGAGCUGGAACUUAACUAUGGAAGGCGCUAUGGCUUGCUUGGUUUGAAUGGCUGUGGAAAGUCCUGCCUUCUUAAAGCAAUAGGAUGCAGAGAGCUUCCUAUCCCUGAACACAUGGAUAUAUAUCACCUCAGCCAUGAGAUCGAGGCUUCAGAAAUGUCUGCACUAGAAGCAGUCAUUAGUUGUGAUGAAGAAAGAGUCAAGUUGGAAAAGGAAGCUGAAGUUUUGGCUGCUCAAGAUGAUGGUGGAGGUGAAGCUUUGGAACGCGUGUAUGAGCGGUUAGAAGCAAUUGAUGUAUCUACUGCUGAAAAGCGUGCUGCUGAGAUUUUGUUUGGCCUGGGUUUUAACAAGCAGAUGCAGGCCAAGAAAACUAGGGAUUUUUCUGGUGGUUGGCGCAUGAGAAUUGCAUUGGCAAGAGCUCUGUUCAUGAAUCCAACCAUCCUUUUGCUUGAUGAGCCUACUAAUCAUCUUGAUCUUGAGGCGUGUGUCUGGUUGGAAGAAACGCUAAAGAAAUUUGAGCGUAUACUUGUUGUUAUAUCACACUCCCAAGACUUUCUAAAUGGAGUAUGCACAAACAUCAUACAUAUGCAGAAUAGGAAGCUUAAGCUGUACACUGGUAAUUUCGAUCAGUAUGUCCAAACACGAGCUGAACUGGAAGAAAAUCAAAUGAAACAGUUCAGAUGGGAGCAGGAGCAGAUUGCUUCGAUGAAAGAGUACAUUGCACGUUUUGGUCACGGGUCUGCCAAACUGGCACGGCAGGCUCAAAGUAAAGAGAAAACACUAGCUAAGAUGGAGCGCGGCGGGCUGACAGAGAAGGUUGCAAGAGACAGGAUACUAACAUUCCGCUUUACAGAUGUUGGCAAUCUCCCACCACCGGUGCUGCAGUUUGUUGAAGUGACGUUUGGGUACACAGAGGAUAACCUGAUCUACAAGAAGCUUGAUUUUGGUGUUGACCUUGACUCUAGAGUUGCACUAGUUGGUCCCAACGGGGCGGGGAAAAGCACACUUCUGAAGCUGAUGACUGGCGAGCUGGUACCACUGGACGGUAUGGUGAGGCGGCACAACCACCUUCGGAUCGCACAGUUCCACCAGCAUCUGGCGGAGAAGCUGGACCUGGAUCUUUCGGCCCUGCAGUACAUGAUGAAUGAAUACCCUGGUAACGGGGAGGAGAGGAUGAGGGCGGCGAUUGGCAGGUUUGGGCUGUCUGGAAAAUCGCAGGUGAUGCCAAUGAGGAACCUGUCGGACGGGCAGAGGAGCCGUGUGAUCUUCGCAUGGCUGGCAUGGAGGGAGCCACAGCUGCUGCUGCUGGACGAGCCGACGAACCAUCUGGACAUCGAGACGAUCGACUCGCUGGCGGAGGCGCUGAACGAGUGGGACGGUGGGCUGGUGCUGGUGAGCCAUGACUUCAGGCUGAUCAACCAGGUGGCGCAGGAGAUCUGGGUCUGUGAGAAGCAGGCGGUGACACGGUGGGAAGGCGAUAUCAUGGAGUUCAAGGAGCACCUGAGGAACAAGUCUGGCCUGUCGGACGACUGAGGUUCCCGUGCCGAGGCCGCAGGUGAUGCCCUGCAUCUCAAUGUAUGGGAUAACACGUUUCCUGCUGGUUGAUCGAGUAAGUGCCAAGUCAAAAAGGGUAUUGUGGAGAAUGGGUAGGAGUUGAAUUUGUCAUCUUGAGUGAAUCCGCUGCAUAUGAAGGAUGAUGCCGAGAGUAAUGCUGUCUGCAGUUAGUUAUCUAUGCGCUGCGCAGCACGGCACGGCACCAAUCGGAUGCGUGUGUUAUGUGUAGUUUAUGACCUUGAGAAUGCAUGGUUUGAUUAUCAUCUUUUGUCUGUUUGUGAGAUGUUAUUUACUGUUUCUGAAAGUAUUUAUUUAUGGUUUUGGUCUUC